CCUGAAUGACCCACCUAAAAACCUAGAUUAAUCUUCCUCGCAGAGAGAGGCCUCGCUCUCCUUCAGCAGAGCACUGAGCACGCCAGGUCCUAAAAAGAAGUGUUUUCUUUCUUUCAGGCAGGAAAAUUAAUGAGCUCCAUCUUUGGCAUGGAUUAGAAAAUUCCACUGUGGCGCUGGCAGGGCUUCCUCCGAGGCAGCAGAACUUUAAAGAAACCCCACAUUGAGAGCUGCGAGGAACAAAGAGAAUGAAUCACAUGUCUCCCAGGUUGAGAGCUUUCCUCUCUGAACCCAUUGGAGAAAAGGAUGUUGUCUGUGUAGAUGGGAUCAGCCAUGAACUUGCAAUCAAUUUGGUCACCAAAGGUUUCAACAAGGCCUACACCCUCCUGGGACAGUUUCUUCUGAUGCACAAGAACGAAAUGGAGUUUCAGAGGUGGCUCAUUUGUUGCUGUGGUGCCACGGAGUGUGAGGCACAGGAGAGCACUAACUGCCUGAAGGAGUGGUGCUCCUGCUUCCUAUGAAUACACCCCCUUGCUCAGCCGCCUGUGUAAUGACACGUUCUGUACCUAGGCCCAGGCUCAGAGUCAUUAUUUUUGCUUUUAACUUUAAUGAUACAUGCUUGUUACAAAAAAAUUGAUUCAUGAAUAUAUAAAAAGGAUAAACACAAGAAAAUGACCCAAAGACCACAACCUAGAAGUGACCAUUAUUCCCCUUACAUCCUGACAAACAUCUCAGCAUAUAUUUUGUAUAAAAGGAUGACGAUCUUGCUUAAAAAUGAGAAUUACAUUUUGUCAGUGUAUUAGUUAUCUAUUGCUGCAUAACAAAUAAACCCUAAGCACAGUAGCUGAAAUAAUAAGUUUAUCUCACGUAGCUCCUGAGGGUCAA